UAGCUAAUAAUUUCAAACUAGUUUACUUUACAGACUAGCAUUCUAUAUUAUUAUUAUACAAUAAAUUAAACAAUUUAUUGUCAAUUUUCCAUCAGCGAACAAAUCUGAAAUUCUUUUAGUUGUAUUGUAUGCCCAAGAGGCAAUGAAGAAACCAAUUCAACAUGUACCUUUUCUUCUUCUCCUAUCAUUUUUACCAUCCAUCCUCAAGAUUUCGACAGCUAUAGAUAUCAUUAAUACAACUCAGAUUCUUAGAGAUGGCGACACCCUGGUUUCAUCAGGGGGAAGAUUUGAACUGGGAUUUUUCAGCCCUGGUAACUCCAAUAAUCGGUAUGUGGGAAUUUGGUACCAAAAGAUACCUAAUAGCACUGCAGUUUGGGUAGCCAACAGGGAAAUUCCAGUAAGAAGUUCAUCAGGCAUCUUGAAAGUAAUGGAGCCGGGUAUCUUGGUCGUUCUGAAUGACACUAAUAACAUCAUAUGGUCUUCCAAUACAUCAAGAGUUGCUCGGACACCGGUUUUACAAUUGUUGGACACUGGAAAUCUUGUCCUUAGAGAAGCAAAUGAUGAUCGUCCAGAUAAUUUUCUUUGGCAGAGUUUUGAUUAUCUAAGUGAUACGUACCUACCAGCUAUGAGUAUUGGUUGGAAUUUUGUAACAGGAGUAGAGAGCUACCUGUCAUCAUGGAAGACCAAUGACGAUCCAGCUAGAGGGGAUUUUACAUUUCAUUUGGAUCCAACUGGAUAUCCACAGCUAGUCAUAAAAAGAGGUCCAACUACUCUGUAUAGACUGGGACCACGGAAUGGUCUUGCCUUUAGUGGGCAAACAAACUCAGUGCAGGAUACGAAUUUCAGAUUUGUAUAUAUCAUGAACAAGGACAAGGUAUACCAUAGGCUAGAGGCCACUGACAGUUCAGUUAUUUCAAGGAUUAUUUUGACUCAGUCUGGUACUAUGCAACGUUGGACAUGGGUCGAUCGGAUCCAUGACUGGAUCCCUUACGUCAAUUUUCCAGCAGAUAAUUGUGAUACUUACAAAUUGUGCGGUGCUUAUGGUAGUUGCAAUAUUGCAAAUACUCCUGCAUGUGUAUGUCUUGAUAAAUUUGAGCCAAAAGAUCCAGAAGGUUGGAGUAGGUCAGAUUGGACGAAUGGUUGCAACCGAAGGACACCCUUGAAUUGUUUAAAGGGUGACAUAUUUUUGAAGUAUUCAGGAAUUAAAUUACCAGAUUCCCGAACUCCAAGUAUAACAAGAGUAUGACUCUUGAAGAAUGCAAAGUGGAGUGCGUAAAGGAUUGCUCUUGUAUGGCGUAUACACAGUUAAAUAUCAGCGGAGAGGGAAGUGGAUGCUUGUUUUGGUAUGAAGACUUGAU